CCCUAAACAGUAGACAUAGAUUCUAAUGGAGCAUGAAAGCAUGAAAUUAGUAAUAUUAAUUUUCACCAAACAUCAACCGUUUAUUAUUCAAUACCGGCCAAAAUUUACUAUAAAUAUGGAAUUACCGGAUUCGGGCACACUAGUAUCUGAUCGGUGCCAACUGUAACACUGUGUGUCCUUAGUGUGUGGAUUAUAAAAAAUCCGUGAUGUUAAAGACGCUUCUCCUCAUCUGCACCACAUGCAUAGCAGCAACGAUCUCGACCGACGACGACCACGUUAACUACAAAUUCGAAUACGGCGUCCACGAUCCACAUACGCACGAUCAUAAAUCCCAAUAUGAACACAGAAAAGGCAAGGUCGUCGAGGGCGAAUACAAGCUCCAAGAACCCGACGGUACCCACCGCAUCGUCAAGUACACCGUGCAUCCCCAUAGGGGUUUUGAAGCGGUUGUGAUUCGAGAAGGCCACGCUAAACAUCCAGCGCAUUACGGGAAGCACGGACAUGGACACCACGGGCAUGGAGGUGGACAUGGAGAGCCGACCAGUUAUGUGCAUAUGACGCAUUGGGGCUUCCAGGGGGCAGACCACCAUCAUGGCCAUCAACAUAAGUACUAGGUGUUUGAUUUUAGAAUUCUAUUUUUGUACCAAUAAAACGU